UUAGCAGAGACUACGUAAAUGCUAAUCUCGGGAAUGGCUAUACAUCAUGGGCCGGAUAUUAUGACUCCGUGGAUACUGGGCAGCAGCAGCAGGUUCAAUUGAUGUCGAUGGGUCAAGCAACAGGACGACAAAGCUACGACAUGACAUCAUUUGCCCGCGAUCCUCAGGUUCAAGAGGGGGCGUUGGAAGCUAGCUAUGCGCCACCACCCAUACCACCGCAUUCGCUUCCAUCCAUGUCGCAGGAGACAUCCAUUGUCAAUCAAGGACCUGUGAUGGAUCAGAGCGUAUACGUGCCCAUGACAUCCGGUCAAGGCUAUCUGUCGUAUGAAAUGCCCUCCGUGCCUCAGACGCAGCAGCCACAGUACGCGCCACAGACAUAUGCAUAUGCGUCUGACCACCAACAUACGCAAAUGGAGGGCGUGCGUAUGCACCCUUCCGCGGGUGGACAGCCUGGAUUCAUAGGGGCCGGCGGCGUUCCGCUGCAGGGCGAACAAAGCCAGGUGCAGAUUUGGUAUGACUUUGUCCAAGGUUUGGGAGUGUCUGAUGCUUCCAACUCUGAAUGUGUUACUUGAUCGCGCAAGGUCAAGGCCUUUAUGCUUUUCCCAUCACUUUGUAUUAAUGAGGUAUAAUAGCUUCCCUCGUUUCCUGCCUUUUUAAGAACGUGGCAACAUCUAUUUAGACAGUGGUGUAGAUCUCCACUUCGUGUAUAUUUUGUACUCUACAUACUUAUAACUUUGUGGAUAAAUUCGCUUGAGUUGCCGUG